AUGAAAUCAAAGUUUUUAGACACUCUUUUUGAUAAUAUUCUAAAUUGGUUAGGACCUAAAAAAAGAAAGCGAGACGAUAUUUCUAUUGGCGAAUAUGACGGAGAGUAUCCAAGGAUUCCUGAUCCUUCCAAAAAAGUAUUUAAGUCAAGCGAUCAAUUUAGUUCUUCCAACGAUUAGAAACUAGCCAAUAAUAAUAAUAACAGCAGUAGUGCAAAUUAGUCGAGCGAUGAUGUGCCUUAAAUCAUCCAUUCAGUUAUUCCUAUAAAAAAUAAUACAUCACCUAGAAAGGAAGCAUAGUAUUAACAGAUUAAUAAGAAAGACAUAAUAGACCAUAAUAAAGAAAACUCGAAUACGAAAGUAAAGUUGCAAAACUAACCUAACCCUAAAGUAAUUGUGCUCAAUGAAUGCAAUGGGAAUUCAAAAAAAAACGAAUUUUAGCUAAAUGGAAAGAAGGAAGCAUAACUCUAGGAGUUUAUUGUGAUAGAAGAGGAUGGAAUUGAGUAGGCAAAGUAAAAUCAUAAUUAAGAUAAAUAAUUGUAGCUAGCUAGAAGACCGUCUUCAGCGCAGUAUUAAAUUGAAUAAGAUAGAAAGUAAAGAGAGAAUUUAGAUUUGGAAAUAAUCCAACUCCCAAAAGAAUUUAUGGAAUUCAAAGAAAUAACCGAUGAAUGGAUUUCGAAUGACUUUGGUUUGCUCGAAUAAAAAAUGGCUAAGCUUGACUUAUAGACAUAAUAAAUAAAAUAGAAAACAGAAGAAGGAAGAAAAAAGAAUGGCAAUAAUAAUUAAGUAGAUUCAGACAUUAUAUUUAUAAAAUAAUACCAUAAGAAAUCAAAAGUUGGAGAAUUAUUAGAGGAAUUUAACUAAAUUUAUGACUUAAAGACUAAAAAGAUGAAAAAACUUUUUUGGAGAUUUGAAGAAAAGCAACUUAAAGAAGUUUAGGAUGUAUUUGAAAGAAGCUUCAAUUUGAAUUAGGAUGUAGUAACUCAUUAACACAUCUUAGAAAGACUUACUUUUAGCAAUUUAUAGACUCUCAGGUAGCCUAAUUGGCUUAAUGAUGAAGUUAUCAAUGCUUAUAUAAGAUUAAUAGUGUAAUCAACAAAUGCAGUCAUAUUAAAUACCUUUUUCUAUCCUGAGUUGGUAAAAAACAGUGCUUGGAAUAAAAUCAAAAGAAUAGCAACUAAAAAUAAAGUGACCUAUAAAUCAGGAAACUUUUUUGUACCUAUGAAUAUUAAUGGAACUCAUUGGUCAUUUGUUGAAGUAAAUAAUGAAACAAAUAAAAUCAUCUACUAUGAUUCUCUCGCUACUGAUGACAGAGAUUAUUUUAAUUAUACAAAAUACUUUGUAGAUUUGAUGUAAAACUUAUAAAAAGACGAUGGAAUUGCAUAAGAAAAUAUUAAAAAAUACGAGCUAAUAAAUGGCGAAACAGGAUUCUAAUAAAACGGAUAUGAUUGUGGAGUAUUUAUGCUAAAAGGUAUACAUUACAGAUCUUCUGGUAUAAAUGGCUUAAGGUUAUGGAUUGAAUAAACAGAUACCCAAUACUACAGAUAUUUAAUAGCAUUUUAGUUAAUUUAAGGAAAAGUAGAGAUUUGCUAAAACUGA